UCUUUAGGUUAUAUAUAUUGUACAACACUGAUGUAGAAGUUUCUUUAUGAUACAUAUUUCUAAGGCAUUUCUAAGCAAUUUAAACAUUGAAGAAAAAGACAGAUAUCGUAAUUAAGAACUUAUUUUUAUUUAAAAAAUGACAUAGAAUUAUCAGACACAGAAAUAUCUAUAAUAACAAAAAGGCCCCAGUAUGUUGUACUAUAACCUUUUUUGUACAUUUCAAGGUCUGCAUUUAUUUUAGACAUAUGCACUACUGGUGGAACAUUAAUAUUCAAAAAUGUCUCAACAUCGAGUGCCUGAUGUCAUUGGUAUACUUAGAGGAGCUAAGAUAGUAGCUGAUGCUGUGAUUAAAUACCAAGAAGAAACAGUUAAACAUUUAAUAAGGACUUCAAGCUUAAAAAUUACUGCAGAAAAAUAUCUGACAGAUAAUUUGAAAACAUUGAAUAAUAUAGAACCAAAUAAAAUUCCUGUUCAGAUAACAAAAGACCUUAAAGAAGUGGCAGAACGAAUAAAUGUUGUUGAAAAGGGCAUAAUAGAAUUUAUAAAAUUAAGAACUAAGGAAGUGACAGGAAUAUCACUUGAUCCAGAUAAACCUGUAAAAUCUAUGAAAUCUAAAUUACAUAUUUAUAAUCCUGCUAAAGAUCCAAAAGAAGUGAUAGUAGGGAUGGAUAUUCAAAACAUGAAAUCUGUUACUAAAAGCGAUGUACAAGAUAAACAGGAUAAUCUUUCAAAAAAGUACUCAACUGUAAAAGAAAAAAUUGAAACAAUUUCCAAACUAGAACAUGAAGUACCUAAAAUUGUACUUUCUGAGAAAGAUAAAGCAAUUUUAAAGAAAUUGGAAUUAGAGCAUGAAAAAAACAUAAAAAGUCAGAACAUACAACAGGAUAUAUCAGAUACGCUAAAAGCUGAUUCUAAGAUAUUAGAAACUGAAACAACAAAAAAUGUAAAAACAGCUCCAGACAAUUUUCAAACUAAACCAAAACUAUCUGUUAGACCAAAACAAACUCUUUCACCUAAUGCAAAAGAACAAAAAGUUCCAUCCACCAGAUUACAAAGAAUGAUAAGCUUUGGAACAUUAGGAGUUGGUCUUGGUGUGGGUACUUUUGCAGAAUAUACACGCAGAACAUUUGGAUUAAAAAAACAAAGUCUUGGAGACACAUUUGAUAGCUUGUUUCUUACUAAAGCAAAUGCAGAAAGAAUAGUUUCUACUUUAUGUAAAGUAAGAGGUGCAGCUUUAAAAAUCGGACAAAUUUUAAGUAUACAAGAUGAUACAAUUAUAAGUCCUGAAUUACAAAAAGUAUUUGAACGAGUUAGACAAAGUGCUGAUUUCAUGCCAACAUGGCAAGUUGAAAAAGUAUUAGGUACUGAACUUGGACACGAUUGGAGAAAUAAAUUAGCCACAUUUGAAGAUAGACCAUUUGCUGCAGCUUCCAUUGGCCAGGUACAUUAUGGUACUUUGUUAAAUGGGCAAAGUGUUGCAAUUAAAAUCCAAUAUCCUGGUGUAGCCAUGGGUAUUCAAAGUGAUGUUGAAAAUUUAGUAGGCAUAAUGAAGGUUUGGAAUAUUUUUCCAAAAGGGAUGUUUAUAGAUAAUGUAGUGGACGUUGCAAAACGUGAACUGGCAUGGGAAGUGGAUUAUAUCAGAGAAGCAGAAUGUACAAGAAGAUAUAAACAGCUUGUGAAACCUUAUUCAGAUUACUAUGUGCCAGCUGUAAUAGAUGAACUAUCAACGAGUCAAAUUUUUACAACUGAACUGGUAGAAGGAAUUCCAGUAGAUAAAUGUACAAAUAUGGACAUGGAAACAAGGGAACAUAUCUGCAAAUUAAUAAUGAGAUUAUGCCUUAAAGAAUUAUUUGUUUUUCGAUAUAUGCAAACUGAUCCAAAUUGGUCCAAUUUCUUUUAUAAUACUAAUACAAGACAGUUAAUAUUAUUAGAUUUUGGUGCAUGUCGAGAAUAUGAAAAAUCAUUUAUGGAUAAAUAUAUUGAAAUAAUUUAUGCUGCAAGUGAAGGCGAUCGUAAAAAAAUUUUAAAUUUAUCUAGAGAAAUGGGAUUCCUUACAGGAUACGAAUCUAAACUCAUGGAAGAAGCUCAUGUAGAUACGGUAAUGAUCUUAGGUCAAGUAUUCGAUAAAAAUUUUAAAUAUUAUGACUUCGGUGGACAAGAUGUAACUAGAAAAAUUCAAUCACUAGUCCCAACAAUAUUAGAUCACAGGCUUUGCCCUCCACCUGAAGAAAUAUAUAGUCUACAUAGAAAAUUAUCAGGAGUUUUCUUACUAUGUGCCAAGCUUCAAGUUAAAAUAAAUUGUCGUGAUAUGUUUCGUGAGGUUUAUGCAAAUUAUAAAUUUGAAUAAUGGUAUAAUUAUUAAUUAAAUAUAUUUAAUUUUAAAUAUGUAUAAUUAAGUAAAUAUACAUUUUUACAUUCAA